AUGCCUAUAGAGAACAGCAUCAAGGCUAUUAGGGUCAUCGAGGACUUCUUCUCAUCCCGACCCAAGACUCAACCACCAUCAUCCCAGUCCUCCCUUAGCCAGCGCGUCAAACCCGAACCUCCGCCAACACCGUCCAUACACAGGGCACAAGCAGGGCCAUCGAUGGCUCGUGCAAAAUCCCCGAAACGCCCUCUAACGCGCGUCGCUGCACAGAAGAACAACAAUGACGCCCCACCCACCUCCCCAACGCACACGGUCAUAUCCCUCUCCAGUGGGAGUGCACGUUCUGUCAUAUGCCUGAGUGACAGCAGCGGACGACCAUCACCGAUCCGAGUACUGCGUCCUGGCGAGAGCAUCGAUCUGACAGUAUCGAGUGGAUCGGAGAGCGGCAGGACUGGGCGGUUGAGAUCACCAACACGGCUGGAGAAGAAAGGGACACCGCGUGCGCCUUCACCUGAACCUGAGUCUGUGAUACCACCACCGAGAAUGACUUCUCCUCUAACAUCGCCCCCGGCAUCCCCAGAGGAGGCGAGGAAGAUCACACCUCGACCAGAGAGACGAUCGGCCCGUGAAUCCAGCCACACUCCAACGCGCCUUACAUCCGCGGCACUGGAAGCGCUAUCGGCUACUACCUCGUCAAUACCUCUCAGUACGUCGCAGCGUACCCUGCGGCCACACACGACAAGCAAGGCAUCACAGACACUUGCCAAGCCGAUCCACAAAAGGACGUCAUCAAGGUCGAAAACACCCCUGCGACAGGGAGAGAGAAUGUCCAAAGGCCCGAAAUCGAACCAUCGCGGGAAACGGAAGAGGGGAGGAACAGACGUGGAUAACGAAGAAAACUGCGUUGACUUGGUCGUUGUGCUUCCACCGCCGAAUGUCAUACCAAAACCGAGGCUCGUCGACCCGUCCUCAGGGGAAACAACGACCGCCGUAUCCGCUCAAAGGACUCCAUCUCCUGCCUCUACGAUAUCACGACUGUCGUCUCGCCCUUCAAAGCGCGCACGAACGACCCCUAUUGCGGAAGAAGCCUCGCCUUUGACCCACCCCCUUCCGUCUACCCCAACUCCUCACGGUUCUCCUUUGAAACGGGCUGCAUUGAGCGGCGUUGACGCUGACGAGGAUGAGGAACUGCUGCCCAGCUCUCAGAAAGGGGAGGGAGGCUUAGAGCUUACUUUCACUUCUCCCUCAAAGAGUCAGGAUGUCAAAGUCAAGAGUCCUUCAAAGCACGACACCUGGAACGGGGGAUGGACCGAAGGAGGGGCAACAGACGAUUGGGACAUGGAUACACCGGCCAACGGUUCUUCACAUGAUGCUGGAGCUGAGCCCCCUCGGCUGGAAGACGCGCAUCUAUCGAGGAUUCGCAGCGAGAUAUUCCAACCAUCUAGCUCUCUUCAAUCUACCAGGUCUAUGGACGAGGUAGACGUAUCUCUCGCCCUACCUAUUCUCACUUCCUCGCCUGCGCCCACCGCACCGUCCUCGGCUGUCCCGACACCUCCGUCCCCCGCUCGGGUUCAGCUUACUGGGUCGCAGCGACGGGAGGAACGCACGAAACAGAUCAUCGCGGAGAUCAGGGCUAGGGUUAGCAGGACCAUGGCUGAGGAGGAAGAGGAGCAAAAAGCCGAGUUGGACCUGAGGGAAGACAGCGAUGAGCUCGAGGAUAUGGAGGAUGUGUGGAAGGCAGCUAUGACGGAUAAAGACCGAUUGAAGAAAUCUGGAUCUGGUUUAGCAGAUAUGUCUCCCAAUAUAUGGCCCUCUUCUCCUCUUUCGACUCCGCCAUCCUCAUCACCGAGCCCUGGACCCUCGGGCUUAGAUGCCCGUGCCACUACUCCCACGCCGCAACCGCGAAGGCGACCUCGCAUGACCCCUCCCACCGAACCGCCAAAGAAAGGAACGACAAAGUCCAAUCGCGACCUGGACUGUAUCUUGAAGCAAGCGGAUCAGCGCGAACGCGACGGGAUCACAGCUGCCAUCCGGCGAGCGGAGGAGAUCGUCAACCGCGGCUCGAAGUCGCCUAGCCCUGGUCUUAACCACAGCUUUUCCCAGGGCUCUGUCGGUUCUCAGGAUAUGGACCUCCUGGAAGGCAGCAGUCUGAGUGGUGGUGCGAUCCUAGAACAUCUCGGUGAGGACAAAGAGGAGAUGGUGAAGCUCUUUGAGCGUGAUAAGGCCGAGCGGCGCGAGCAGCAGCUGAGAGAAGAACAUGGGGGAAAAGGUGCAAGACUCUUCUGGAAUCGGGCAGCAAGUGAUGAUCAAACCCGUGCUGUGGAAGAUUGGAAUGUUCCAGCAUGGAAGGAGGAUGAGCUCAUGUUAGCCGCUGUGAAUGCAGUGUCAUCGUCAAAUGCGCAGAGGUUGAACGGCAUCCUCUGUUGGCUGCCGUAUUCUGAUCUCAGCGAUACUGGUACCUUCGUCGAAUGGCUGCUGCGAGUUGCCACCCGACAUCAGGACAUGGCAGUCGCACACACCGCUCGUGCACAAUUCCUUAACUUCAUAUCGACUUACCCUGAACCUCAUAUACCACUGGGGGUUAUCUUAGGGAUUUGCCGAGAUAUCGGCAUGACGACCGAAGCCCGGGCAUCGUUUGACAGACCCCAACCCGACUCACAGUCGAGUCCGCUCGGAUGGAAUCGAGAUCUUUCGUGGAUUUUGACCACCCUUGUUUGCGGUCUUGCUCGGCUGCGUAUGUUCAAGGAUGCCGAAUUACCAGAUCUCUUCGUGUUACUGUUCCUUAUCGGGAUGGACCCCGGUACUUCUCCGGCUGUCAGUAGAGAGCUCACUCUGGCCCUGGAAGACGCCGUCCACAAAGAUGCGGUGGAUCAUGCUUUGGCCUUGAACAUUUGUAAGCAGAUCGGCAACCUUGUCAAGAGUUGGACCAUAUCUCAAAAGAGCUUGCUCCUGUCCUUGUUCCCACGUGGUCGUGACAGAACCAUGGUGAUGGCUCGCUGGCUCGCCGUUGAUAUCCUUAUUCCCGACACGCUUGAUGCGCUUGAUGAGAGCAGCUAUCAACAACCGCCAUCACUUCCAACGCUUUUGUCUCUUGUGAACUACCAAUCCCGGACAUCGCCAUUCGGGAUUCACGCCGAAACGAAUUACGAGGAACUGUACCUCGUUACCCAGAUCAUGGAGACCGCUCUCACGCACAUGCACUCAUACCUACAGGAUCGUGAGAAUCAUGCAACACUCGCAGAGCUCGCCGAGGAGGUUUUCAGCGUCUAUACCAAAAUCAUGGAUACCCGGGCCGCCCACCUUGAGCGUACGGAGGCGAAAGACGCUCUCCAGAGACUGAGCUUACGGCUCCGAUAUAGUAUCCCGAAGAGUGCCCCGCCGAUGCAGACCAAGCUUCCUUUUGCAUUCGGCGCGGUCGCAUCUAAAUCCCCCUCUGUCAUCCCUCAGAGCACAUUAUUACAUGUGGCUCCUAAGAAGACCAAGCCGCGACCAAGGAGGCUCGCCGCGUGA